ACAAAAAAGCUCUAAUAAAAAUGAAACCCCAAAAAUUUAUACAAAGUUACAAAUGCGAUUGUUUUCAACCAUAUAACUAUUGUAAUUGUUCGCAUAAAAUUAUCUCUAGUGAUAUAUUAAUAGAAAAUGUUAACGAUAUUGCAGAAUCUUUAGUCGAGGUGAUGAAUCUUUGUGGUAUAUAUUUGGUAAAAGCUAAAGCCUCCAGAGAUGUCAUCAUUUAUUAUUUUUUACAUUUUGAAGAAAUAAUCCAUCGCAUUGAUUCCAUACCGAAAAAACGUUUAUGCAAAGAAGAUCUUAUACAUGAUCUGAGUCGUAAAUGUUCCAUGGAUCGGAUAGAUGCACAAAUGGCUUGUUCUAUUAUAAAAAGGGCAUUUAAAGCUUUUUAUCAUGGCACCGAUAUGGGGGGAGUACCGAAUCAUUUGUUAAGCGAUAAACUAACACAUUCCUCAGAAUGUCUGUGGGUGCAUGCGGCAAAACGUACAGCUCAGAUUUACGCUGCCUAUGAGGGCUUAUUUUAUGCGUGUCAAAAAGAUUUGGAAUGUAAAAUAAAAUUAAUUUAUAAACAAUUGUAUGAUCGCAUAACGAACAGAAAUCAACCAGAUGAUGAACCAGAAUGUACUUGUAUGAAAUGUCUCAAAAGAAUUGCCAAAGAAAGUCUAAAGCCAGGUAAAGUUACUACAGGAAUGCAUGAUGUCAAGGACCCUUAUGAAGCGAUGUAUAUAAAAGAACAGGAAGAGGAUAUAGAAAAGCAAAGAAAUGAAAACUGUGCUGUUAUGAAUGAAACCUUGGAAAAUGAAGAAAAACAGUGCUGCUCUUGUCCUUCCCUAAACAUAACGGCAAAAGAUUAUGCUUAUAGAGAAAUUGCCGAGUCUACUUAUACUGGAUCAAGUCAAGGGCCUUUUGAUUGUCGUUGGAUUUCCAUUAGUAAGGAGGAGUUUGAGGCUGACGAAGGCGUAGUGAAUGUAAAAUUACCAAAGGAAUUUCCUUGUCCUCCAUGCCAUACAGAUGAGGAAUGUGAAACAGAAUGCGAAUGUUCUUGUGAGGAUUGCACCUGUAAAUCAGAUGAUGACAUUGUUUGUGGUGAAUCUUAUGGUGAAAAUGGGGAAGAUAUAGAAAAAGAAUUUUCGAGUGAAGAAACUGCUAAAUUAUCCGAAAAUUAUACUAAUUCUGAAUCUAUUACUGCAGAUUUAAGUGUCUGUACGCAAUGAGUGGCAAUGAAGUUUGUGGCAUCAUGAAUUUGUAAAAUAUUAUAUUUUAGACAGUUAAAUUAGGUUUUAUUUCUAUACACUAAUGUAUUUAAAGAAUUUGCAAUUCUAAUCUAAAUUAUGAGUAAAAUCAUUUAAUAAUGUGCAUUCGUUUAAAAAGUGUACUUCUAAAAAAAGGUUCAGAUGUACAAUCACAAAACCAUAAUCACAAAACUAUUAGCUGCUAUUCCAUACAUUUAUAAUUAGAUAGGAAUCUCUAUACAAUUUUUUCUGAAAAAAAUCUAAAAAAUUAAGAAAAUUUCAUUACAAUUUUGAUUCAAAUUGCAUCCAUUGUUCUACUGGUGUCACUAU